AUGAAUGGUGUUGUGUUUGACUUCAACGACGAGUGCCUUCAUGCUCUUAAGACACUUAAAGAGAAGUUAACUACAACACCUACAGUUGUUGCACCGAACUGGGACUUACCAUUCGAAUUAAUGUGUGAUGCAAGCAAUCACGCAGUGGGGGCAGUAAGUGAAAAUCUAGUGGUGCCAUGGUAUGCAGAUUAUGUCAACUUUUUUAUAGCAAAAGUUGUACAUCCAAAGAAAUCAAGGCAACAGCUCAAGAAAUUUUACUCUGAGGUGAAGCAUUAUUAUUGGGAAGAGCCCAUCUUAUACAAGCAUUGCACAGGUCAGAUUAUUCAUCGUUGUGCACUUGAAGAUGAGAUGGUGUCGAUUUUGACUCAUGGUCAUAUUUUCCAUUGUGGUGGUCAUUUCGAAGCAACAAGGAUAGCUGCAAAGGACCUUUUUCCAUCAUCUUACAAUAACAAGUACAUCCUGCUAACGGUGAAUUAUGUAUCUAAAUGGGUGGAAGCAGCUGCAACACCUACAAAUGACAGCAAGGUGGUACUAAAUUUCUUGCACAAGCAUAUAUUCACUUGUUUUGGCAUGCCUAGGGCGUUAAUAAGUGACGAAGGCAGCCAUUUUUGUAACAAGAUGAUGGAUUCCUUGCUUGCUUGUUAUGGUGUUCAUCAUAGAACCGCUCUGCCAUACCAUCCUCAAAUCAAUGGUCAAAUGGAAUUGUCAAAUAGAGAAGUCAAAAGUAUCCUUGAAAAGGCAGUCAACAGAUCAAGAAGAGACUAG